AAUCAAUGAGCUUCGCGCCAUCACAGAACCUGGUAUGUCGUUCACAAGGAGGAACGUUAGUUGUGUUUCAGAGUAACUUUUUAAAAUUACUGUUAAAUUAAAAGUCUUGUUACGUACGUUUUGUCCACUGCUUAAGGAACCACUAUAACAGUGUACAUCAGGACAUAUUUCUCUUGCCAACAGUUUUUAGGAUGCCAAGCAAGAUCCAGAGUGGGGACACUGUGAUGGGCCGUUGGCCUGGCAGUACUCUCUACUAUGAGGUGAAAGUUCUAAGUUAUGACACAGAAACCGAGCUGUACACCGUCAUUUACAAGGAUGGCACAGAGUUGGAGCUGAAGGACAGUGAUAUCAAGAACCACACCGCAUUCCGGCAGGUAUCGGGGCGUUCUCGCUCUCGCUCUCGCUCACCCUCACGGCGCCGUAGCCGUUCUCGCUCGCCAGCUAGAACCUCACGCCGCUCCCCAUCUCGCACCUCUUCUCGCACCAAUGAAGGAAGAAAAGACAAAUUGAAGGAGGUGUUGGAAGUCCGGCUCACCCCUGUGGUGCUUCCACCAACUGAAAAUAACAGCAACAACAAGCAUGAACAGAAACAGGAAACCAUUGAGCCAAAGGUGGAGCCGGAGCAGCAGCGGAGCCGUUACAAUCUGCGUCGCCGGAAGGAUGGUGACCCCAAACCCACUGAAGAGGUGAAGGUGGAGAAGGAACCUACAGCAUCGCCAUGCCCAACCUUAAAGACCACUGAGCUGGAGUUUGGUGGCAGGAUUGGCACGUUUAUCAUGCUACUGUUCCUGCCAUCUGUUGUGCUGCAUCUCCUCCUCCAAGUGUCCCAGGAUGAUGGCAGCCUACUGACCCUCCCUGCCAGCGUGCCCACUGCUGAGGCUCUGUGGGACUGGCAGGUGUUUGGCCUGGUCCUACUCUGGCUGUGUUUUCAGGCUGUGCUGUGUAUGCUGCCGUUGGGGAAGGUUGUGGAUGGAAUGCCCUUGAAGACUGGAAAGAAAUUGAAGUAUAGGAUUAAUGGUUUCCUUGCACUGCUCAUCAGUGCGGUGGCUGUUGGCGUCGCUCUGCAACAGGAGGUGGACCUCACUUACAUCCAUACUCAUUUCCUGCAGUUCUUUUCAUCAGCAGUGAUGAUAUCUGUUCUACUGAGUGUGUACCUCUACACUCGUUCACGCCACCUCUCUGAGGAAGAGCAGGCCCCUAGUGGGAACUCUGGAUAUCUAUUUCAUGACUUCUUCAUGGGCCGGGAGCUGAACCCACGCAUCAGGAGCUUCGAUGUGAAAUUCUUCUGUGAAAUGCGUCCAGGUUUAAUUGGUUGGCUUCUUAUCAAUUUCUCCAUGCUGCUUGCUGAGAUGAAAGUACAGAAGCUGGACAGCCCCUCCCCUGCCAUGUGGCUGGUGACCAUCUUCCAAUUCCUCUGGGUGGCAGAUGGACUUUGGCAUGAGGAGAAACUUCUGACAACUAUGGAUAUAGUUCAUGAUGGUUUUGGGUUCAUGCUGGCUUUUGGAGACCUGGUGUGGGUCCCUUUCACUUUUACCUGCCAAGCACACUACUUGGUCAGUCACCCAAGUGAGCUCUCUAUGUUGUUCAUUGCCGUCAUUAUCACUAUCAAAGGAAUUGGAUACUUUGUAUUUCGCAAAGCGAACUCCCAGAAAAAUAACUUCAGAAAAAACCCAUCUGAUCCAUCACAUUCCCAUCUGAAGACCAUCUCUACGGCCACUGGAAAGAGCCUCAUUGUGUCUGGAUUGUGGGGCUUCGUCCGCCAUCCAAACUACUUGGGUGACCUACUCAUGGGCCUGGCUUGGUCUCUCCCGUGUGGGUUUGUGCACGCUGCGCCGUACUUCUAUCUUAUUUAUCUGGUCCUCCUGCUGAUACACCGCAACUCCAGAGAUGAGCAUCAGUGCAGGAAAAAGUAUGGCUCUGCGUGGGACGAGUACUGCAAGGCAGUACCUUACCGCUUCUUUCCCCGGAUCUACUGAACCUCACUGCCUCACCCCAGCCACGGAUUUGGAACAAGAUGGCCAGGAAAAAAUAAUCUUUCAUGUUGAGACUGUUUUAAAUGGGAUCAAAUCUUUUAGUUUGUUUUUAACAUGAGUACAAUUAAGGUUGGCGUUUUUAAUGCUAAAGUAAACUGGAUACUGAUACUUUUUGACUUUUUGUUCAUUUAGAAAAAGAUCAGUUUUGUGGUGUACAUUCCUGUACAUAGAUCUGUUUUAAAGUUCGCAUGAUAACCAGCAACAUUGCUUGUCUUAUGAAGUUAUUCAUUUUUGUUACCUUAAGUAUUAAAGAAUCAGUCUCAGCUUGAUAUUUAACAUUUUUAUUUUGAAAGGUAUAUUUUGGUAUCAGUGUGUAUCUUGUAUUAAGAGAUAUUAAUGCUCUUAUGUACAGUAAAACAGGUGUUCCCUCUCAGGACUUCAACGUUGAAAGAAAAAAAUAUCUUCAUGGUUGUGUAUAUUUUUAUACUAGAUUUGUGUUGAUUUGUAGUAUAUUUUGUAUCCAAAUUUUGCUCUCUUAAACCCAAAUGAAUUGUAAUUUGAAAUGUAAAUAUAGAUUAUCAUGUUGAGGUAGAUUUUGAUUUUUUUUUAUAUAAUGUCUGUUGUAGUUGUAGACUGAAGGUGGUUUUUAGGGUUUGUUUUGAACAGAAUAGAAGUCAUUUCCACAGAUCGUUUCAUUGAUCGCAGUUACAUUUUGGCACCUGUGUUUUUUGUAUUUAUUUUAAUUUUUUUGCAUUGGUCUUUCAGAUAUGUUGAUGUUUUCACAGUUUACAUUUGAGAAGAAUAAAUAUAAAUAAUGAUU